AUGAGUUUUAGAACAGCCGGCCAGCUCUUGGUCAGGCGUACGCAAGGAGAAGAACCACGGAGGGUAUCUGCUGGCUUUGUGACCACACUAAAUCUGAAGCUAUCAUUGGUUCCAGAAGACUUGCCUGUGCAGGAUGUUCGGCUUGGAGAAUGGGGCAACUUUCGGUGGGGUGAUGUUAAGAUCGAGAUUGUACGAAGAGGAACCCUUUCUGUGGAGUACGAAAAUCCCGCCGACGGCGAACAGGUCCGCGUAAACAUCGACUGUGGCAUCCUCCCGCCGGCCGUCUGGAUACCUUACAACCUGAUUCUGAGCACGAAGGAUGUCAGCAAGAUGUUUCCGCACGCAUUUCCGGUCGAAUUACAACUUAUUGUUCUCCAGGGCCUUCAAUAUGACAAGAAUUGUCUCAUUUGUGCUGAGAUGCUUACGGGAAGUUGUGUUCUGCAUGGAGGGUGUAUCGAGAUGCCGAUCCAUCCAGAUUGUUUCAACAGAUGGAUUGAAUAUCAACCGGCCUCUUACGAAAAAGAGUCUUUGCUUGAGAUUUACCCGGAAUGUCCAAAUUGCCGUGGCCCCAUAACGGCUCCAUGGGUGCCACGCUCUGCGGUUGCAGCACUCAGGGCAGCUGUUGCUUCUGCGCUCGGAGAAGGGUUUCUAGUCAUCAGUGAGCACAAGGUGGCACUAUGGAGUUUAUGGAGUCAUCACCCGGUCCGCGAACAAGGGUUUGAUCUCUGGGUCCAAACACCUAACGGCAGAUUGAAGAAAUACUUCCUCAGAAAACGAAGCGGGCCGGCCGCAGAACACAUGAAAGAUGCCGAGUAUAAUGCUCUGAGCGUGAUCUCUAAAACCAGCUUAGCCGGUAAACAGGUGCCAAAACCUGCCGGCUUUGGGAGCCUCUUGGACGGCAGCAUCACGGUAUACUUUAAUAUCGACGAGUAUCUUCCUCAAAAACGGGUCAAAGCGUUGGAGCAAGUGACGAAGCUGCUUGAGUUUCAAGAUUCAGAAGAGGCUCGGGGAGACAAUUUUGGCUUUUCGGCUCCAACACUAUUCAAGGAGCGACCUCAGUAUGUGACGUGGCACACUGAUUGGGUUGAUUUCCUUGAUAAUUGGACGAAAGAUGCUAUCUCCUUUAACAAGACUCGGUAUGGGCCGUGGCAAAAUGAAGAAGAGUUCAUCUCGACCUUCAAACGGCUCGUCGAGUUGCUAAUCAGGCCUUUAAAUGCCAGACCAUCGUUGAUCCUGGGGAAUCUGUGCGGAAACUUGACUCUGUCAGUGUAUCACAGCACGUCGCCCAUCUAUGGUCACGAUGAAUGGGAAUGGGCGUUUCUCUGUGGACCACUUGUGAAUUUGGCGGUGGCAGACCAUAAGGCCAUUUGUGCGGCUGUGGAACAACAAUGCGGUGAGCCAAAAGCUCAACUCUGGGAUCGUUGUCGUUUGUACUAUGCAUCUCAGCAACUGAGGGAACCGGAGAGAAAUGAACGAGUAGAAGCAAUAGACCACGUCCGAGAACUAGCUGAAAAGUAUGAGUUGAUGGAAAAGGCCGGAGCGGACUUGUAA